CGACCAUGGUCAACCGAGUAGAGAGUAGACAGUCGAAAAUGAAGAUGGCCGCCGAGGUGAGGUGGCUUUUGAUUUUUCAUAUAUUUUCUGUAAUUAACGUUGUCCUCGGAGAGUUGCCUCAUCGGAAAUUCGAGUAUAAAUAUUCUUUUAAACCACCGUAUCUCGCACAAAAAGAUGGAAGUGUGCCUUUCUGGGAAUACGGGGGAAAUGCAAUUGCUAGUGCAGAGAAUGUUAGGGUAGCUCCAUCAUUGAGGAGUCAAAAAGGUGCAAUAUGGGUCAAACAGCCAGUUCUCUGUGAAUGGUGGGAGGUAGAGUUAAUAUUUAGAAUAACAGGAAGAGGAAGGAUUGGAGCAGAUGGAUUAGCAUUUUGGUAUACUACUACAAAGGGUGCCUAUAAUGGCACAGUUUUUGGUAGUUCUGAUCAAUGGAAUGGUCUUGGAAUCUUCUUUGAUUCCUUUGACAAUGAUAACAAACACAACAACCCUUAUAUCAUGGCUGUUCUGAAUGAUGGCACAAAAUCCUUCGAUCAUACAAAUGAUGGUACAACGCAAUUAUCCGCUGGUUGCUUGCGCGAUUUUCGUAAUAAACCAUUUGCUACAAGAGCAAAAAUUGAGUACUAUCAGAAUACUUUAACUCUAUUGUUCCAUAAUGGCAUGACGAAUAACGAACAAGAUUAUGAAAUGUGUUUCCGAGUUGAAAAUGUGGUUUUACCGAGAGGCGGAUAUUUUGGUGUUUCGGCUGCUACUGGUGGUUUAGCUGAUGAUCAUGAUGUUUCUCAUUUCUUAACACAUUCUCUAUAUCCUCCUGGUCAAUUGAGGGCUGAUGGACAGAAAGUUUCUUUAGAGGAACAGCAAAAACUUAGCCAAGAAUAUUUAGAUUAUCAAAGGAAAUUAGAACAGCAGAAAGAGGAUUACCGCCGGGAUCAUCCAGAUGAACACCGGCAAAAAGAGGAAUUUGAAGAAUAUUUUGAAAAUGACAAUCAGCGAGAACUGCGACAAAUCUUUGAUGGUCAAAGUCAAAUGUUUGAUGCGUUGCGCGAGCUUCAUAAUAAAUUGGAUGAAAUACUUGGAAGACAGGAAAGAACUUUAAGUUUAGUAUCUCAAGCUCAAUUAGGAGGUAACAUUGUUAAAACUGGAACAGGAGAUCAUAUUCAAGCAAUUGACUCUAUACGUCGACAUGAGGUCGACAAUCUAUUGAGUAACCAAAAACUGAUAAUAAAUACAGCCAAUGAGAUUAAAUCCUUUGUAAAUGAUGUGUAUUCUAAAGCUGAUACUAUCAUUAAUAAUCAAGCUCGUGCUCCAACGGCUCAGGUGCAGCAAAUGGGAUAUGAUUAUCACUCCCUUAUUUCUGAAAUGCGAGACGGACUUAAUACUUUGAAAAGGGAAAUCGGACAAAUAAAUACUAAAGUAAAUAGUGGAACUAUAGAUUGUCCUACAACAAGUUGUUUGACAACAACACUGUUCUUGCUUUUCGUAGCACUUCAAAUGAUGAUCUUGUUUGGUUACAGCAUGUAUCGGGACAAUAAGGAAGCACAGUCAAAAAAGUUGUAUUAAUGUUCAUUUUUAAUCGUACAGUAUAAAAGUAAGGGUACAGAAGUAAAUUCCUACCUUUAUGCACUGUUUCGAUAUUUUUACCCGUGGAAUAUGCAUUUUGUUGAACAUUUGUAUAAUAAAUGCAUUCUUCAUCCGAGAUAGAUCUAAAAAGCGGCAGAACAGUCAGUGCUCCUGGAGUAUGGUAAAAAUAAUCAUUAAUUGUUCUCAGCUUGGUAUAAUUUAAUCAUUUUAAUAUUUGUUACAACACAUGAUAUUCUUCAUCAUUACGAACCAUAGGCAUAAAAAUAAAAAUAGCAGAAAGUAUACGUGAAAUUAAACUGGAAAUGAGAUUAUAAAUUAGAUGUUUAGUAAUUUUGAAAUGAGACAGACCUUGUCGUGAUUUGUUUAGAGGAUUGUGUAUAAUAUAUAUUUUUUUAUUGUCAUUCAUUAAGAAUGUUUCGCGCUACGCGCACACCUUUUUUUCUAGUUUCAUUUACAAUAUGUACUUCUUUUUUUUACAUAGAAAUUUCUUGGUAGUAUUACAUGAAAUGUAUUGUAUAAAUGUUUAUACGAUUUUUGUAUUGGGAAUUGGCAUAUCGAAACACGAAAAGCAGACAUUUCUGUCAAAUGUCACUUACCGAUAUUUAUUGGUCUGGUACUACAUUCCCUUAGAUGAACAAAUGUAUAGAUAAGCUCUGCGUUUUUAACGUGACAGAUUUAAAAUUAAGAGAUCAUGAAUACAGCUAGAUCAAAUUAAAAGCACGAGUAAUUUUAUAAUUACAUAUUCUCGCAUUACUGGUGAAAGUGACAUCGAACAAUCAUAACAUUCAUGAAGCUGUAAAAACAUUUUGUUAAUUGAAUACGUACUGUGUAAGCGCAAACAGCGUAUCGAGUACUUACAUAGAAAGAGGAACUUGAAUUAUUCGCAAGCUCGGUAUUCCUAUCAACAUUAU